ACAAACUUUCCCUCAUUACUAAUAUUAAUUCUUUACUAAUUUUGUUAAAGGAAGGGUACUAUAUAAUAAGUCUACUUGAAUUGGUCUCAUGCCUCACCCUUGUCCUAUCAACACUAUGGAAGAGGUCGGAGGUAACUCAAAAAUGGAUGAGUUGGAGGCUAACAAUGAGGGUGACACUAUUCGUGAUUGGGCAAAUCUUCCGGGAGACCUCUUGAUACAAAUAUUGCAACAUCUUUACCUUGAUGAUGUCAAACGGUUUCACAAAGUAUGCAAAUCGUGGGAUGCUCUCGAGGAUCCUGAAGAACAUAAUCCGCUCAACUUCCCCACUGUUCCCUCCCAAUGGCUUGUUCACAAAGACACCUACAACGACACCGUAUUGAAAUUCUUUCACAGCGUUUACGACCAUAGCUACUCUCUAGAUAUUCCCGAAUUGUUGUCGUCAGUUUUGUCGUAUUCCAACAAUGGGUGGCUCCUGUUUCGUGAAAGUGAAACAACUUUCUUUUUCAACCCAUUCACCAAUGAGAGGGUUGAUUUGCCUAACAAACCCGAAUGGUCUGUGUGGAAGAGUGUCAUCUUCUUAUCCGAACCAACCGCUACUGAUUGCAUGGUUUUCGGGGUUAUGUCAGUUGUGGGAACGUGGGUUCGUAUCUACACAAUCAGUCGCGGAGAAGGGGAUUGGGAGGAAUCCGUAUUUGAUUUUGAUGAGGACGACACACCCAUGUUCCAAUCUGUGUGUAGUCCUGUUUUCCAUAAUGGCAAGCUGUAUUGCUUAGGCGCGGAAGGUAAAAUGGGCGUGUUUGAUCUCGAAGGGAGAAAUUGGACCAUUCAUGACGUUUCAGACCGGCCUCUCGAGGACCAAACGUAUGAAAGCUACCUUCUCGAAUGCAAUGGACAAUUGAUGGCAGUGUUUCUGUCAUACAUGGGACAAGAGAUUUGCAUUCUUUCACUGGACGCAGACAAAAUGGAGUGGGAAAAAGUGGACAGUUUGGGUGAAUUUAUGUUGCUUAUCAGUUCUCCUAAAUCUCUCGCAGUCAAGGCAGUAAUAGACGGGAUGGAGAACAAAAUUUACUUUCCCAGAUUUUAUGAUCAUCAGAUUGUGUUUUACUGUGUUGAAACCGGUUUGUACAAGACAUUUGGGAGCUUCUCAAAAAAGGACUUGUUUGAGACGGAAGAACAACUGAACUGCUGUUGGAUGCAACCAUCUGGUACCCGUGCUUCUACUCCAAAGCAUCUUGAUUGGUUAGUCUCCUUGGAUGAAGAAAAAUGAAGGCCUUGAUCGAUGAGAGAAAUUUGAUAAUAUAAUCUUGUGAAUUCCUAUUAUAUUUAAUUAUUUCGUGUUAUGUACGAUGGCAAUAUAUUUUGGUAUAAUUAAUUAGUUUAGUCUACAUACACCGGUACCAAAUCCAAUCGAUAAAUUUGGAAUAUUAUAAGCCGAUUGCAGGAAAUGUUUAACAAUAUGGAAUAUAAUAAUGCUCUACAAGCUAAGGUUUAGAGACG